AUGCAUUCGUUCGGAUACAGAGCGAACGCGUUGCUAACGUUCGCCUUGACUAUACUGGCCUUAAUGUGUGCCCUCGCUUCUUUCUCUGACAACUUCAAUUUUCCUUCUCCUUCUGCCGAAAUCCAGAUAGUGAAAUUCAAUUGGUUUCAAAAGCAGCCACAUGGAAAUGAUGAGGUCAGCCUCACCCUGAAUAUAACAGCUGAUUUACAAUCACUGUUUACAUGGAACACAAAGCAGAUUUUCAUAUUUGUAGCAGCUGAGUAUGAAACGCCCCAGAAUUCGUUGAACCAGGUGUCUCUUUGGGAUGCUAUUAUACCUGAAAAAGAGCAUGCAAAGCUUUGGAUUCAGACCGCAAACAAGUACCGUUUUGUUGAUCAGGGAAGCAAUCUCCGCGGUAAAGAAUUCAACUUGACGUUGCACUGGCAUGUCAUGCCCAAGACUGGCAAGAUGUUUGCUGACAAAUUAGUCAUGUCUGGAUUCCGCUUGCCCGAGGAGCAUAGAUGA